AUGGAUCCGUAUCCUUAUGGAGGCUUUCCGAAUCCAGGAAACAACCAGUAUCUGAACACGCAGCCAUACCAUGGAGCAGUCCCUCCACCGAAUCCCUACCAAGCCUACCCCAAUCAGGUUGCGUAUCCCACUGCGCGACAUGGGGAAGACCCGAGGCAGUGGUCACAACCACUGCAUCCCACGCCCUUUCAGGUCCCAGGCAUGCCUGUCAGCGCCAACGCCGGCGGGCCACAAUGGCAGCCAACGUUGACCGAUAUCGAAGCUGACGGGCCGAGAGAGAAGAUCAGACGGACUCGAACAGCAUGCGAGGAAUGUCGCAAGCGUAAGCAGAGGUGCGAUGGCAGACGCCCAUGCCGGCAAUGCAUGGAGCAAAGGAUCGAAUGUCAGUAUCGCGAUCCACAGCCGCCCAAGAAACAGAGCGAAUUAGACCGAGCGAUUCAGCUUGCAGAAGAAAACAAUCUGAGCCUUGCGAUGGCGAACAACAACCUUGAUUCUGUGUACGCCGAAAUGGGGAGGGUCAACCGGCGUCUCGGGGUCGAGGUUGAAAGAAGAAGAGCAGGAACCCAGAUGGUGGACCAGGACGCCUUGUACCCAGCAAACGCACCGUAUAACAGUGUGCAGGGGAAUGUGCAAGACUACACGAGGCCGAGUGGUGGGCAACAGAGAACGGACGACAAUUCGAGUGCGAAUCGUUCAAAACGUCAACGACACCGAUAG